AUGUCGGAAACACUGGAUGGACAUGGUAAUAAAAAAGAACCAACAGUAGAACUAGAAGAGAAUCAUCCUACCAGUGAAGACCUAGACCUAGGGAUAAUGCAGCCAUCCUCAGAACAGGAACUGGAGGACAUAUCAAUAAAAGAACUCAAAGCCAUAAAAACCCAGCUAGACCAAAAGCUCCAUAUCACAAACCUGAAACAGCAGAUCCUACAAACCCAAGCGCAGCUACGUGGCGCACCAGCGCACGAGAACCAAGACACUGGAACCCCCAACAGCAGCACUCAUAGAGAAAAGAGACCCCAAACCGAUACAAUUUCUACAGAGAAGCACCCCUCAAGAUUCAAAAUAAAGAAUCCCUACAGUGGGAAAUCCCUAACCGAACUCGAGACAUUCAUAGGACGUGCAGAAUCAUGGUUCGAUAAAUAUCCAAAGUGGUAUAGCCAAUAUCCACAUUAUAAAGUUGGCAAAGCUUCGGACAACCUGAGCUCCAAGCAAUUUCUUAACUUCAAUAUGUACCAGAAGGAGAAAGAACCAGAACCUAUUACUUAG